AUGCCGGAGAGGAGGGCAGAGGCCGUGUUUUCCCAGCAGCCACAGGACCUGGUGGUGGUGGCGGGUCAGCCUGUCACGUUACCGUGCACAAUCCCUGGUUACCAUGGCGUGGUCCUGUGGAUCAAAGAUGGCCUGGCGCUAGGAGUUGGCAGAGACCUCGCUGGCUAUCCUCGUUACACGGUGAUUGGCGACCAUGGUUCAGGAGAGCAUCAUCUGCGUAUCCAGCGGGUGGAGCUGAUGGAUGACGCUGUGUUUGAGUGCCAGGCCGUCCAGGCGGCCAUGAGGUCCCGUCCCGCCCGUCUCACCGUGCUGGUUCCCCCAGAGGACCCAGUCAUCAGCGGAGGGCCGGUGGUGAGUCUGAGAGCUGGAGACCCGCUCAAUCUGACGUGCCAUGCUGACAACGCCAAGCCAGCAGCCUCAAUCAUUUGGAUCCGCAACGGAGAGGUCCUCAAUGGGGCCAUGUACUCCAAGAGCUUGCUGCGGGAUGGUAGAAGAGAAAGCACGGUGAGCACACUCUACCUUUCAGCCUCCAACAUCGAGACAGGUCAGCAGAUCGUCUGUAAGGCCUCCAACAAGGCAGUGCCCAAUGGCAAGGAGACCAGCGUCACAAUCGACAUCCAGCAUCUCCCACUCGUCAAUCUCUCGGUGGAGCCUCAGCCUGUUCAGGAGGGCAACCCUGUGAAAUUCCACUGCUCCGCAAAGGCCAACCCUCCUGUCACACUCUACAGGUGGGCCAAAGGAGGAAGUGUAAUCAAGGAGGUCUCUGGAGACACGUACGAGGUCAUUGUAGACCAUUCCUUCUUCACGGAACCAGUCUCCUGCGAGGUUACCAACCCUCUCGGCAGCACCAAUAUCAGCCGUAACGUUGAUGUUCACUUUGGCCCUCGCAUGGCUGCAGAGCCUCAGUCUCUGCAAGUGGACCUGGGAUCUGAUGCCGUGUUCAACUGUGCAUGGACGGGCAAUCCCUCCCUCACCAUAGUGUGGAUGAAGAGGGGAGCUGGUGUGGUUCUUAGCAACGAUAACCUCCUGACACUGAAAUCCGUGAGACAAGAAGAUGCCGGGAAAUAUGUUUGCCGCGCUGUGGUCCCACAUGUCGGAGUCGGGGAGAAGGAGGUCUCACUCACUGUCAAUGGUCCACCUACUAUCUCCAGCACACAGACCCAGCAAGCGCUACACGGAGAGAAGGGACAAAUCAAAUGUUUCAUCCGAAGCACACCUCCUCCAGACCGCAUUGCUUGGUCAUGGAAGGAAACCGUGUUGGAGUCUGGGACAUCCGGCCGCUACACAGUGGAAUCGGUCACCACAGAAGAAGGAGUGAUCUCCACGCUGACCAUGAGCAACAUUGUCCAAGCGGACUUCCAGACCAUCUACAACUGCACGGCGUGGAACAGCUUUGGCUCUGACACCGAGAUCAUACGCCUUAAGGAACAAGAAUCCCUCCCGGUGGCGGUGAUCAUCGGCAUUGCCCUGGGAGCAUUCGCCGCCCUCAUUGUCCUCAUGGGCACCAUCGGAGCGUUCUGUUGCACCCGCUCCCAAAGAAAGGAAGCGCACCUGGUUAUGCCCACACUGCCCGUCUCCAUCUGUGCUCACCAGAGAGAACUUGCAAGCAAAAUUAAGACAGAAAAUCUGAAAGGAGCCGUCUCGGCGAAGAAUGACAUCCGUGUGGAGAUCGUGCACAAGGACCACAACGCGGCGCGAGAGAACGAGGAGCACACGUCCAUGAAACAACUGAUGGUUGAGCGAGGAGAAUUCCAGCAGGAGUCUGUUCUGAAGCAGCUGGAGGUAUUACAAGAGGAGGAGAAGGAGUACCAGCACAUAAAGGACCCAACAAACGGCUACUACAGCGUUAAUACCUUCAAGGAGCACCACACGCCCACCAUGGCAGGGAAUCAGUCCACAGAAGUUAGAAACCCCACCAACACAGGUACCCUGGGCAAGCAGCGAGUACCGACCGGCAUGUCCUUCACCAACAUCUACUCCACCCUGGGAGCCGGUCCCAACCGCCUGUACGACUACAGCCAGCGCUUCGUGCUGGGCAUGGGCAGCAGCUCCAUCGAGCUCUGCGAGCGGGAGUUCCAGCGCGGCUCGCUCAGCGACUCCAGCUCCUUCAUCGACACGCAGUGCGACAGCAGCGUCAGCAGCUACAAUAAGCCGGACGGCUAUGUGCAGUUCGACAAAGACAGCAAGGCAUCGGCCUCCUCCUCCUCCCACUAUUCCCAGUCAUCCUCGCAGAACUCUGACCUCACGCGGCCCCUGCAGAAGCGCAUGCAGACCCAUGUCUGA